UACGGGUGUCUCCGUGGGUCCCCUUUAUUACGACUGCUUCCCAAAUAUACUCUUUUUAGCUCCCCAAAACCAAAACCCCCCACACACAACACGCACACUCUUUUUCUCUCUCUAAAUUCCCCCCUUUUUCCUCCCUCCCUCUCUCCACUCCCACAGCAAUUUCCAUGGCUUCAACUCGUGAAGGUCACUACAGAGGAGUGAGAAAGCGUCCCUGGGGUCGUUACGCCGCAGAGAUUCGUGACCCCUGGAAGAAAACUCGUGUUUGGUUAGGCACUUUCGACACUCCAGAAGAAGCCGCACUCGCUUACGACGGCGCCGCCCGUUCUCUCCGCGGUGCUAAAGCCAAAACCAACUUCCCUCCUCCUCCUCCCCCGCCUCCUUCUUCCGCCGUCACUCCUCCUCUACCUCUCGAUCUCAACCUACCCUCUGAUCAUCACCGGUGGACAUCGCCGUCCGGACGCAGGCUUAUCAUUGGGGAGUUUCUACAAGUAGGUCCGCCGCCGGAGAUGAACAUGCCGGUUGCAGGCGUUUCGCCGGCGAAAGAGAGUGAUGGUGGUUCCACGGCCAUGUAUUUUGGGAUUGUGAGACGUGGGUUACCUAUUGACUUGAAUGAACCGCCACCGUUGUGGAUGUGAGGAGGCGGAAAAUUCCUUUUUCGUUUUUAUCACUUUGUCAUUCUCUCUAUUUUCAAGCUUUUGAGAGAAAGGUAAUACCUAAUUUUCCUAUGACUACGAAGAAAAAAAGCAGAAGUUUCCUUGAGAUAUUUGUGUUAUUAGGAGGAAGCAUUAUUAUGUAAAUACCUGUUUUUUUAAUCCUAAUUCUCUUAUCUUUUUGUAGCACGCUUAAUUAUCAUAAAAUUAUAGUACAUGUGAGUACUUUAUGGUCUAAUUUCAUUAUUACGUAGAA